AUGGGGUUUCCAACGAAUAUUUUGGUGAAAGUAGCUCGUCAAAUAUUGAUUUAUGGAGGAUUAACAAUGACAUUCUUUGGCAUAGUUGGCUCGUUGGCGAUAGUAUUCGUAUUCAGUCGACAUCCAUUUAAUAAAAGCUCGUUUUCAAUAUAUAUCAAAGUUAAUGGAAUACUUUCAGCCUUUUUUCUCCCGCUUUUAUAUAUGCCAACUGUAGUUACAAAUGGCUUUCAAAUAAAUUUAAUUACAUUAAAUAAUGCAUUUUGUAAAUUUCUAUCGAGUUACGGUGCGUUUACAGUAUUAUCCGUAUUGAUUAUAAAUUGGUUCCUACUGUUUGAUCGUUUUGCAAUAUCAUCUCGUUCUGCGCGUAUUCGAUCAUUAAGUUCGAAAAAAAUUGCCCGAGUAGUCGUAUUUAGUGUAUUAUUCGUCAUUUUUUGUUUAGUUGCCUUGCCGAGUGCGAUUAUUUUUGAAAAAAUGCCUAUGGACACAAAUGUAACAUAUAUUUGUUCCACAAAAUCAAGAAAAUUCUUAUUAUUUGGGGCACUAUUUUAUUUUCCAAUAGUGGAAGGUAUUCUACCGAUUGUAUUAACAAUUUUCUUUUGGCUUUUAACACGAAAACAAGUUCGAAAUUUAUGUAAUGAACAAUUUGUUCGACAUUUCGACAGACAACUAACACGAAUGUAUUUAUUUCAAAUCUUAGCAAAUGCUAUUGCAUCUGUUCCAUACGCGACAAUUAAUCUUUACCGAUCAAUAACAUUUCAAACGGUGCGAAGUCCAGAUAAAGAAAAUAUUGUUGAAUUUUUUCGUCUUAUGGCAAUAUGGCUAUUUUAUGUUCAAUAUUGUACUGAUUUUUAUAUUUAUAUUACUAUAUCAAAGGAUGUACGCGUCGAAGUAUUGAAAUUACUCUGUAGUUGUCCUCGACUAAGUUCUGAUCGCUUUACUGCUAUGCAAAGCAUGCAUUUACCCAGCUCUCAAAGUUUAAAAACUGCAUCACGCUGA